GUGCAGUUAAUGUUAAGCAGUAGCAUCUGAAAGUGCAACGCGCAAAGGUCUCCUCCUUGCAUUUUCAGAACGAGUGUAUUUUUGUAAUUCGUAAAUAUGGAUUUGUUGUUGAUCGUUUUAAUCCUGAUCUGUGGUCUGAUAGCCUUGUAUUUAUAUUGGCGAUGGUCUUUUUCUUAUUGGGAACGGCAAGGUAUACCAUCGAUGCCAUUUGUCCUGCCAAUCGUUGGUCAUCUGUUACCAUUAUUAUUAUUGCAAAAAAAUAUUUCUCAACUGGCAAAGAAUUGGUACAAUCGGUAUAGCGAGGCGAGCAUGAUUGGUUACUUUGACGGUAUGGUACCAGGAUUAUUGGUGCGUGACCCAGAUUUAGUUAAGACAGUUAUUCAAACGAAUUUUUCGAAUUUCCACGAGAAUGCUUUGAAAGUUGAUAGAAAAAACGAUCCUCUGUUAGCCAAAAAUCCAUUCUUUACGGAAGGCGAGGAGUGGCUGACCGGUAGAAAGAGAUUGACCUAUGCGUUUUCGAGUAUGCGAUUGAAGAUCUUAGCGGAGACCGUACGAGGUGUUUGCAAAAAGUUUGAUCAUUAUUUGAACAGAAAGAUCGGCGAAGAUCGGAGGGUCCAGUUCGAGACGAAAGAUCUUUUUGGAAGAUUUACCGGCGAGGUGGUAGCGAAUGCUGCAUUUGGUAUCGAAGGAUUUUGUUUCGAGGAUAAUUACAAUUCGCAAUCGUUUCACAAUAUCGGAGAAAAGAUAUUUCGGGUGACGCCGUUCAAUGGUACUGUGCAAUCCAUCAUGUUAUUUUUACCAUUCCUACACAAAUUCUUUAAUUUUCGAUUUAUACCUAAGGAUAUCGAUCAGUUCUUCAGAUCUAUCGUCGAACAGGUCAUAGAAAAGAGAAGAGACGAGACCGAGAAACGUAACGAUUUCUUUCAAUUAAUGGCCGAUCUUGAAAAAAGCGAGGGUCAAAAGUUCGACGUGGAAUCAUUAACUGCCCACGCACUCUCGUUCUUUGUCGAUGGUUACGAGACCUCGUCGGCAACAUUAAGUUUCAUCUGUUUCGAAUUAUCCAUUCAUUAUGAAGUUCAAGAAAAAGUGCGUAAAGAAAUUCGCGAUGUAUUAGCUAAGCACGGAGGCGAACUUACCUAUGAUUCGUUGAAAGAAAUGACCUAUAUGGAUCAAGUGAUCAACGAGUCGCAGAGAUUGAACACUUUACUAGAUAUGAUGGGUAAAAUAUGUACCAAUAAUAUUCAAUUGAAAGGGAAUGAUGGUCUUACUUGUCAAGUGGAGCCUGGUACAAAGAUCCUUAUACCUAUUCAUUGUCUACAAAGAGAUCCUAAAUAUUGGAUUAACCCGGAAGGAUUUGAUCCUGAUCGAUGGAACAACGAGAAGAAAGCUGAUGUUAACAAAUAUUGUUUUCUACCAUUCGGAGAAGGUCCGAGAAUUUGCGUUGGUCUUAGAAUGGGAUUGUUGCAGAUAAAAGCUGCAUUAGUUACGCUAUUAUCAAAAUAUAGGAUAGAACGUAACCCAAGAACCUCAUAUCCUGUUAAAAUUGGGCUUUGGGGAAUAUUGUCGACACCCGUUGAAGGGCUCUGGGUUUAUUUGAGACGUCUUUAAUUGCAUCAUUUAAUACACCUUAUUCAUAUCUUUCUGCUUCGUAUUUUUAAACAUUGCGAAAAUGAUAACCACAAAUGAUAUAAAUAAAAUGUUUUCAAUAAAAUAUU